CCAGAUCAUGUGACUUGCUUGCAAUCGGGAAGGCGUGUAAAGUUUACAUUAAGCAAUGGUUUACGCUUUUCUUAUAAAUACGAUAGUUCCAGGGACGCCUAGACUUAUCUAUUACGAUAUUUACGGACAAGACGGAGUUGCAGACGAGAGUCAUGAUAUUACGGGCGAUGUCUUAAAAUCUGUUCGUAAAGCCCAGAUUCAGCUUGUGUCAGAGCGUGUGCAUUCGGAAUACCAGUUUCGCAGAGCGAUUAGUGGACGUUCAGUUGAAGAGGAUGUUCUUCGAGUGAGUAAUGAUGAUACACUACCCGAAUUUGAAGUCGGGUUUUUCAGACUGGGAAUGGGUGACAUUUUUAAUAGAGAACGUUAUGUGGUAUGGCUUGGGGCAGGUUACACUGCUUUUUCUGUUGUUUGUGAAAUAUCAGAAAAUCGUCUGCUUGCGGAGUCUGUUCUUAGAUUAUUGAUCCGGUACCUGCAAGAACAUGUUCGAGUGCUGACCCAACCCUCGGAGACUGGCCUGCGAUCAGAGCGAGUUGGGGUCGUUUUAAAUACUUUCCUUCCGAGUGGAAAUUUGUUAUUUCUAAAUCAUCGAUUAAUUCGUCAGUUGGAAAAAGAAGUGGACAAUCAAAUUAAGGCAUAAAAAUUGAACUAGGCUCAACUACCAUGGUUAAAGGACAACAUUAUGACUUUUACAGACCUUUUUAAUGACGAGGGUGCGUCUCAUUUAAAUACCAAUAAAAAUAGUAUUUUGUAUUAA